UUCCCCGGUCUUCCGGGUUGGAGGUUCUUCCAGUAGUUGAAGUUGUUUGGGGUGAACCAUGGCCGAGGACCCCGCUCUGUCUCUCCGGGUCUCGGAGAUCAAGGAUCCGACGAUUCUCUUCGAGCACUAUAACACCGAGGAGAUCCGGCGGAUCGAGCGCAAGGUCCGCGGGGAGAUCGAGCAGAAGAAGGAGGAGCUGCGGCAGAUGGUGGGGGAGCGGUACCGGGACCUGAUAGACGCCGCGGACACCAUCGGGGAGAUGAGGCAGUGCUCUGAAAGCGUCGUCCGGUCCAUCCAGGACAUGAACCAGUACUGCCACAGCCUGAAGCAGGUCCGAAGCACCGUGAGCAGCUCCACCCCACAGAGCCAGAAGCAGUGGCAGGAGAAGUUCUACACCAUGGCCUCUCAAAUCAAGCUCCUCUUAGAGAUCCCAGAGCGCAUCUGGAGUGCCAUGGAGGCAUCGCAGUAUCUCCAGGCCACCCAGCUCUACCUGCUCUGUUGUCACCUGCACAGCCUGCUGCAGCUGGAGACCACCACCACUGGAGGCCACUACAGCCCCGUCCUGGCCCGCUUCCCCAUUCUGGUCCGACAGGUGGCUACUACAGGUCAUUUCAGGUCCACCAUUCUUCUGGAGAGCAGGUCUCUGCUGCAGGGCCGAGCUGUGUCGGACCAGGCCAUCGCUGAGGCUCUGGUGUCCACUAUGCUCCUGGAGGGCAGCUCGCCACGCCAGGCCCUGGCUGACUUCCUGUUGGCCCGGAAGGCUUCUAUCCAUCAACUGCUGAACCAGCCACAACAUGGUACUGUUCUUGGUACUGGGAUCAAGGCUCAGGUAUGCAGCCUGGUGGAGCUGCUGGUGACCACUCUGUUCCAGGCUUACGCUGUCUUCUACCUUCCUCCUGAGGGAAGCUCCCGACCAGGAGAGGGAGCCCUGAGUUGUGGCAUGCUCUUCUCCAUCCUGGAGAAUGUUACCUCCACCUCAGCAGCAGCUAAAGGCAGAAGGGUGUUGCAGGGGGAGGCGAGCACUGGCAGCUGGUUCAGGUACCUGCCUCCCUCUGUUACGGAGUUCCAGCCGGCCCUCCGCACUCUAGCUCAGCCAAUCCAGAGAGAGCAGCUCCGGGACACCCUGCAGCAGUGGAUUGAUACCUGUAAGGAGGACAUCUGCCAUGGUGUUGGCAACGUUCUGGUCUAUGUAAAGAGCCUGAAGGGACUGGCAGCUAUCAGAGAUGCUGUGUGGGACCUCCUGUCCACAGAUUCAAUCAGUCAGCACUGGAACACUGUGUGUCAGUGCCUACUGGAGCGCCCCCUGGCUGUGUGGAAUGAUUUCCUGCAGCAGCUCUUCAUUAAGCGUCUGCAGGUCAUUACCAAAGAAGAAACUGAAGCCAUCGCGUCAAGCUCCGUCCAACUCCUUACCUCGGCUGUGAGGGAUUUGGAGGGUCAAACCAUGCAUGCCUCUUCAGGCACCAGCUCUAGCCCAAACUCUGGUCAAGGGGCCAAGUAUGAGGUAGAUGUGGCCUCCUUCCUGUGGUCGGAGUCUCCAGGAGACCUGCUGAACGAUGCGGGGUGGGUCACCGUGACCCAGCGGGGGCAGCAGCAGCAGCAGAGGAGUGGUCUAGCCAUGAAAACCCAGGCUCUGACACCAUGUGUUCAAAACUUUUGCUCCUCUAUGGACACCAAACUGAAGGCCAGGCUGGAGGACCUCCAACAUUACCUUACCUCACAGGACACAGGAUCUGACUCCAUCACCACAGUCUCCUCCUCUAAGCCUGCUGAGGGUUCAUCAGUCUCUUCCUUUAACCGCUCCAUGGAUUCACCGGCAGUGGAGGCUUUACGUGAAGGCUGCGUAGCAUGUGUUCGUCACAUCCUAUCCUCCAUCAGCUCAGAACUAGCUGCAGCCUCACCACAACCCUGUCCCACCCGCCUCAGUUCAGUCCUUUUCAUGGCCAGGUUAUGCCAAUCCAUGGGUGAACUCUGCCCAAACCUGAGGAAUUGCAUUUUGGGAAAACAAAACAUGACUGAGGUCCCAGUCAAGGGGACACCAAGACAAGGCAAGAAACUGGGCAAAGCCAGGCCCACGGCGGAGGUCAGCCCUGCCCAGGCCAAGUGGGCAGAGCUGAAGGAGGAACUUCUCAACUGCAGCAUGGAGGCCUACCGGAUAUGGAACUCCGCCCUCUCCAAAGCGCUGCUGGACAAGUUUGGCACAGCUCUCCAUGCUGAAUCCGCUAGUGCGAUCCUCACAACAGCAACAAACUGGGAGGACCUGGAGAUCCAGGAAGAGGCCGAGUCAGGGAGCAGCGUCACGUCAAAAAUCCGUCUUCCUAUCCAGCCAUCUUGGUUCGCUCAGUCGCUGCUGUUCCAGCUGUGUGUGGAGGUGAAUCGAGUGGGGGGGCACGCCCUGCCACGGCCCACCCUGCAAGAGCUCCUGCAGACUUGUCUGUCUCAGGUCUUGAAUCACUAUCAGAGUCUUACACAGCAGGGACGAUACAAGGAUGGAGUGUUCCCCAUGACUCAGAACAGAGCCUUGCAGUUAUUGUUUGACCUUCGUUAUCUCAACGCAACACUAGGAAGCAGACUGGAGGAGGGCAAGAGCUCUCGGUCCCACCAAGACCCCAGAAUCCAAGAAAUCUGUGAUUGGUUGGAGAGUUUCAUUGACCCCUUUGACCUGGAUGUGUUCACACCACCGCUAAAUGCUAACCUGAACCGGUUGUCCCAGAGGACUUCGGUGUUGCUUGGGCUGCUCACAGGCUCUGAGAAGCAGUUUUCCUUACGGACCAGCACUGUGAAUUCCCAGGAACCAUACAACAUCCUCCCGCUAGCCAGCAGUCAGAUCAGGUUUGGGCUGCUGCCCCUCAGCACAUCAAAUCCACGUAAAUCCAAGUCAUCCACCAGGCCUUCGGACCCUGCUCAUCAGCUGCAGACUCCGGCUGUCUCCACAGCAGACACUGAGGACAGCCUUCGGCCGGGCAGCCUGUUCAGACAGCUUGCAAAUCAGGAAGAAGACACAGCCAGUCCAUCAUUAUUCAAACUCAGCUGGCUGUCUGGCAUGGCCAAAUAACACUUUGUAGCUUCAGACUGUUUAUUUGCUUUUGCAGAAGCUUUGUAUAAACUAUGUAUAGAAAAUAUAAUUUUGACUUAGAA